AUGGCAGAUCAGCAUCUGGUGGCAGCUGUGAAAGCCUUCAGGCAUUGCUCUCCUGGUGGCCCUGAAUCCCACAAGUUUUUGGUAGCAGAUCCUGAUGUCCUAGUAGAAAACCACGAGGAACUGUGCUUGGAGCUGCUGCAGCUGGAGAGAAGAAUGACAAUUUCUUUUCUACAAAGUGCAAUAGGCAUUGACCCAGUGCUGAAUGCCAAAACUGUGCUGCAGAAGGCGAAAGCAGCAUUGGGAGAUGAUUCUUUUGAAGAUGAGGAAAUGCCAGACAAAUCCAGUGCUUCAGUGGUUUCUGUGGCCAGCUCAGAGCAAGAGUAUCAGCAAUACUUUGACAAUGCUAGUAUGUGCAUGGUCAGGCUGCUUCCUUCAGGGCAAUUGGUGCAAAGCAUCAUGAAGCCUGGAGAAAACGGUUUUGCUGUGGCCACAUUUCCUCCAGAAAGCGUAGACAUUGCAACCGAGCUUCCCAACUCUUUGCUUCUAAGCUUCCAAGAGAGCACUGGUGCCAAGAAGAAACCUUCAGCCAAGAUCCCUGUCAAGAAGAGGCCAGCUGCAGCUCUGAAUGCCCUCCCUGUCUCCAAGGCUCGAAAUGCUGCUGCACCUGUGGAAGGGGACCCUUUCAAGUCCCCAUUUGUUCUCAUGUACUACAAAAAGCCCAAGCAUUCUUGGGCCAUUCGGCAAAGAGGUGGCAACCAGCUUUUCCAGAUCACUUGCCAGCACCGACCCAAAGAGAACUUGAAAGAUAUCAUGCUGCAGGCUGUCAAGAAGCUAGAAGCAGGUGAGCCUGCUGAGCGAGUGAAAGAGUGGUGCAAAUCCCAAAGGGAAUCCAUUUAA